UGAUGUAGGGAAGAGGCGAAGAGGCUGUUUAGUUAAUCAGGAUUGUUAGACGGAGAGAGUGGAAGCAAUUUGUUCGUGGAGAGGAGCAGCGACUUUGGAAAGGUGGUGUCGCGCGCUGAAGGGACCCCUCGAGUCCGUGUGCACCAUGGCGAAGGCUGUGUCUUGGAUCCUACUUUUUUUGGCCAUAGAAGUCCAAUUGUGCCCCGAGGUCGAAAUGUGCCCAGCCUGGAGAUACGGGUUCGGAGCCGUUGACUCCAAGGAGCGCGGCGGGAAUGACAUCUUGCCUCGCUGUUACGAGUUGGGAAAGACCGGCUUAAAGAAACAGCAACAGAAGCCUGCCGCUGGUGUACGGAUAACAAAACUUCCGUUUGAAAGUCCCGCACGGCGAGGUUCCUUCCCGUUUUUCACUAUGCUGGCUGCUGUCACAUUAGCUUGGAACACCUUCUGCCAUUUCAGGAUAAGAUACUACCGUCGCAGAAGAGACCUCCAGGAUGAGGACACAUUCGAUGAACCCCAGGAGCAGAUUCAGCUGGACUCUCCUCCACCACACCAUCUCAUUGACAUUCCUCCCCCUUAUAUUGCAGGCCCUCCUCCCCCCUAUUUUGAAGGCCCCCCUCCUCCCUAUGUUGAUGGCCCCCCUCCCUCUUAUGAAGAAAGUCAAUCACCAUCUAAUGUUGGCGCCUCUGUGUUUUUUGGGAAUCCACCCUCACAAAAUCCCCACCUAGCUUAUGUACAGUAUCGUGUACGACGUCCUGUAAAUGGAGAGAAUGGGCCUGUCAUGUGGCUUAUCUUGCAAAGAGAUGCUGCUGGGAAUGUUUCAGCAUCAUACCUGGAAUCCGAUUCUGAUUCUGAUGUUGACCGCUGAUGUAUGGAGAGGGACAACUCUGUUUCCAACAUGGUUUACUGGGUACAGUGGCAGGUCACCUUCAAGUUGCUUUUGCGAUGCAGAAAAUGGAUAAACCCCCAAAAUGAUCUUUAAGAGUGUGUUCUUCACCAACCAUGUUAGUUCUCUCAAACAGUAUUUAGGUUUGUUGUGAUUAGGAACAGUGUGGAGAUGUUCACAACCUCACUGUUGCAUACCAGUCAAUGCAGCAUUCAGGGUGGGAAAAUGCCAGUCUAGAUAUGGAAAUCUGCAUAGUUACUA